AUGAACACAGUGAAAGUUCUGUUACGGAAAAGGGUGGUGCGUGCGGGCGCAUUUGAGGAUACGGCCCUCGCGCUCACAAACGCUCACAGCGCUGGAGCAGAAGCCAGAGGUCGGCCUAUAGUUCUGCAGAGUUUGGAUGAGGUAGCGCAAGUCACACCCACAAUAUCUUUUAGCGGGCGCCAGCUAUGGAACUCAACAAAACUUCUUAGGGAAAACGGGAAUGUCCGUCGUUCCCACGGGGCCUGCGUCGUUGGCGGUGCCUCUGCCAUCAGACGCGUAUGGAGAGAUUACAAGAUUCGCCCCAACGUUGUUUAUGUCCCCGAUACCGAGCCCACAGUUGCGUCAUGGUGCCUGGAAGAUGAACUUCCCACCUGCAUAGUUCGCUGCUCCCCUGUUGAGAUCAAUCGCGGGUUGCUUAGUGCUGAACUGGCUGAUGGGCACGCAGCUGAGUUUCCGAUUCCCGCAUCCCCUUCGGUUGAAACGUUUCUUGGGGAAGGUAAGCCCUCUCGCCUCGCAUCGAUGCUGGUCUUGGUUGGUCUCCGCAUACCCAGCAACGUUGGCACACUCAUACGGGCUGCAGUUGAAAUGGGUUUUGAGAGCGUGCUUCUGAUCAAUUGCUUGGAUCCCUUUGGUGAAAAAGCAUUGCGCGCCAGUGAGGGCACUGUUUUCUCCCCCCAGUUUAAGAUUUUUGAGCCGGGCAGCGAUCCGGUUUCCGCAUUAAACAGCAUUGCCGUGGAGCAUAACCUUCUGCCCUUGUUGGCCCUCCCCUCCCAGAAGGCUGAGACGGCGUUCGAGGUGGCGAAGAACUUGCACAAAAUCAAUGCCAUGAGGCGUUCGCAGGAAGCGGAGGGAGACGCGGCAGCAUCACAUAACCACAUCGGGCCACUGCUGAUUCUGGGGUCGGAGGCAAAAGGCCUGCGGGACCUUGCAGGGGAGUGGUCGGUGCCCCGCAAGUUUGUUUCGGUUCCGCUGCCGAAUUCUACCGUCGAAUCUCUCAACGUGAGUGUUGCAGGUUCUAUUCUUAUUCACGCAUUUCGACCAGCUGCGGAAAAACACUUCGUCGAAUUGGAGGAGUCGGCACGUCCAAGAACACUUGGAGACGGGCCCCUCCUCUUGCGUUGA